AGCAGUGGCGCAGGCAAUGCACUAGACAGCCAGGCGUGCUUUGGAAGGACCCCGCAGCCUCCUCCCUCUCCCAUCCCCUGUGUGUGCUUGUGGCGGCCGGGUUCCGGGAGCAGAGAUGCCGCUGUACGAGGGCCUAGGCAGCGGGGGCGAGAAGACCGCAGUGGUGAUCGAUAUAGGGGAGGCCUUCACCAAGUGCGGAUUUGCUGGUGAAACUGGACCAAGAUGCAUUAUCAGUAGUGAGAUACGUAAACCUGGCAUGUCGAAGCCAAUAAAAGUAGUUCAGUACCAUAUAAACACUGAAGAACUGUAUUCCUAUCUGGUUGAGUUCAUCCAUAUGCUGUAUUUCAGGCAUCUGUUGGUGAAUCCCCGCGACCGUCGUGUUGUCAUAUUAGAAUCUGUGCUUUCACCCUCUCACUUCAGGGAGACUCUGACACGAGUUCUGUUUAAGUACUUUGAGGUUCCGUCUGUGCUGUUUGCCCCAGGUCACCUGAUGUCUCUGCUCACACUCGGCAUCAAUUCUGCGAUUGUCUUGGACUGUGGAUAUCAAGAGAGUCUAGUUCUACCUAUAUAUGAAGGUAUUCCAAUUCUCAGCUGCUGGGAGUCUCUUCCCUUGGGUGGGAAAGCCAUUCACAAAGAGCUGGAAGCUCAGUUGUUGGAACAGUGCACAGCCAACACAGGCACAACCAAGGACCAGAGCCUCCCGUCUGUAAUGAGCAGUGUCCCAGAAGAUAUAGUGGAAGACAUUAAAGUGCGCAUUUGCUUUGUUAGUGACCUGCAGCGGGGACUCAAAAUCCAGGCUGCCAAAUUUAACAUUGACGGCAGCUCUGAGCGUCCUGAACCACCUCCUGAUGUUGAUUAUCCACUAGAUGGACAGAAGAUUCUGCACGUCAAGGGAGCUAUCAGGGACUCUGUUGUAGAAAUUCUGUUUGAGCAGGACAAUGAAGAGAAGUCUAUUGCCACACUAAUACUGGAUUCGCUUGUGCAGUGUCCUAUAGAUACCAGGAAACAACUGGCUGAAAACAUAGUGGUUAUUGGCGGCACAGCUAUGCUGCCAGGAUUCCUUCACCGGUUAUUGGCAGAGAUCCGAUACUUGGUUGAAAAGCCAAAAUAUAAAGAAACUCUUGCCACCAAGACCUUCAAGGUCCACACUCCUCCUGCAAAACCCAACUGUGUGGCCUGGCUUGGAGGAGCGAUAUUUGGAGCUUUACAGGAUAUCCUUGGGAGUCGUUCUGUGUCUAAAGAAUAUUAUAACCAGACUGGGCGCAUUCCCGACUGGUGCUGUCUUAACAACCCGCCUCUGGAAAUUAUGUUUGAUAUUGGAAAGUCUGCUCCCCCAAUGAUGAAAAGAGCCUUUUCUACUGAAAAGUGAUACGACAAGCCCAGAAAAUUCGACACUACUGUUCUUCAAGCUUAGCGAACGACUAUAACUAUAUAUUAAAAAUAUUAAUAUUUAUUGUAACUUUAAAAGCUGAAAAGGCAUAAUAAUUUUCCGUAUUAAAUGUUUGGCCUUGUUUACGCAGCACAGAUCUAGCUAUACAGAAUGCCUCCUGACUAUCACAAGAUGGAACGUUUAGAAAACAGUAUUUAUUGCAGGAUUUUAUUUCUUUAUUGUCCUUCAUCAAAACUGAAUGGAGAUGGCAUUGGUUUACUCAUGCAAGAACGAAGCUUAAAAUACAAAGCACUUGUCUUGUACACGCAAUGGUGGCAGCCAUAUUGUAACUUUAUUGAUAAGAAUACAGCUUACAAGGAACUGGCAGCAUCACUGAGAUGGGAAUAUAGCAUCUGUGCCACAUCCUUGUGCUGUUUGUUUGCAUUUCUUUUAUCAAGUUGCCAAUUGUUUGUAGUCAAUAUAACUAGCAAAGAAAACAGAAAUAUGGGAUUUAUUUUAUUAUUUUACUUCUGUAAAGAUUGUCAAAUGAUAUAAUUUGUUUUUCUUUACACAUUUUUGUUGUAUACUUACAGUAUUUUGUAGCGAGCACAUGCAGCUCUUAGCACUGUAUUUACCUGACGUACAUGAACAAUAAACCGUUUACAGAAACAUUCCAAA